CUCUCGGGAUAUUUUUUUCCUCUUCGCCCCCCCACCAAAAAUGAGGCCUUGGCUUGUGGGCGCCGCCUUGUGGUUGUUCUGGGACAGCUUCGCGUACGCCAUCGGCCAGCGGUCGCUCUCGUUCGGGGAGAAGAAUUGUGGGACGGUACCACUCGUGGAUGUGAUUUCAGGGUCUCGAAUUAUAGGUGGUCAUGAUGCUCAUAUUGGAGCAUGGCCGUGGAUAGUUAGCCUGCAGUAUACAAAAGUUUUCAACAACUCCAUUCAUUUGUGUGGUGGAUCCAUAAUUAAGGAAAUGUGGGUCCUCACUGCAGCCCACUGCUUUAAAAUUUCUAGAGAACCACGGUUUUGGAUAGCCCUAGUUGGAGUUAACAAUAUUUUACAGAGCUACAAGAAGCAUAAGAAAAUAAAAAUUGUUGAUAUCAUCAUCCAUCCAGAAUUCAAGCCUGAAACCUUUGAAAAUGACAUUGCCCUAGUUCAUUUAAAAGAUCCUGUCACUUAUAAUGACUUUGUUCAGCCUAUCUGUUUGCCAUUUUUUAAUGAUGUGCCCAAAAUAGACAAUACCAAACGGUGCUUCAUAAGUGGUUGGGGAAGAAGAAAAGAAGAAGGUACGAUAACAUCUUUAUUACAAGAGGCUGAAGUGCAUUUUUUACCUUGGGAUACAUGUAAUGCAGUAGGAAGUUAUUCAGGAAGAGUUCCUAAUACUUCAUUUUGUGCAGGUGAAAGUUAUGGAAGUGUUGAUACUUGCACGGGUGACAGUGGAGGUCCUUUGAUGUGUUACUUUCCAGAAAAUGAAAGAUUUUUUCUAAUGGGUAUUACCAGUGCUGGAGUUGGCUGUGGCAGACCACUUUUUCCUGGUAUUUAUACUGAGGUGCGGUUAUAUGAAACAUGGAUGAAAAAUGAGUGGCAUCUAGAAGUUCCUACAGGCAAAAAUGAAAUAAAUAUUAUACAAGGAAAGGUUAUAAUAAUUAUGGUAUUGAUCAUCUUAUUUGUGCCCACAUAA